GUUUUUGUAUUAAUAGAAUAGUGCGAUAAUGACGACGACGAUCGUUAGGAUUGCUCUGUUUAUCGCGACCACCACGGUCCUUGGCGAGGCCUCACUUUAUUCAUCGUCCCUUACUGCUUCGUCGACAGGUGCUUUUGUCGAGAGUGGGUGUCGUUCGGGGAUGAUUUCUUUAGAAUGCCGAUAGCUUUGUUUAGUGCUUGCUCGAAUGACGGUUGUCAGCGAGUCAAGUUUGCUUUAAACCAACGAUUUAGAGCACACAGUGUUGUUAAUUUUCCAAAUGCAGCAGCUCGAUCGAAGGAAGCAAUCAGCGAGAAGUAAUAACUUAUUCGUAAAUCGUUGCCGCGAGUUGGAAAUUCUCAAAGCUAAGGACCGGUUUCAAUGGAAACUUGAGGUUAUUCUUAUCACUCGCAAUGCAGCAAGUACCUAAUCGUACAUUGACAAAUGUUAAACUAAUUCGAGACUUCAAAGUUGGCUCGCUCUCAAUCGAUCGCUUGCAAAAAAGCGACGAAAUAUCGUUGCCUUGGCUAAAAACCCACCGAACAUCCAAUUACAGUAAUGUGAAUAUGAAUCCAUGCGAGAACUUUUACACGUACGCGUGCGAGAGCCAGUACAAAAAGCCAGAUGGCUCGAUAUCGGGUUUCAGAUCUCUCGUCGCCGAGGCCCAAGACAACGUCAUUGCCAAAUUGAAAGCUAUCUUAGAGGACGACGAUUUCCCAAACGUUUAUUCAAUCAAGAUCGCCAGGAGCUUUUACUCGGCUUGUAUGGACACAGAGCAAAUCGACGCGCAAGGUGUGAAGCCAAUCUGGUCGAUACUAAAGGAGCUUCGCGGCUGGCCGAUAACCAGGAAAUAUUCCGAGAGCGACAGCAUCGCUAACUGGCAGGACUUGCACUCGUUCUACGGCAAGAUCAACGUGUUCCCCCUGUUCGAGAUUUCCGUCAACAACGACGCUCUGCGCCGCACACACAGCAUCCUGUUACGCCAGCCAAAGACGAUUAUCCGAGAGCCAUUUCUCUAUCAAGCGAAGACGUUCUACAAGUACGUGGAUUACAUCAAGACAGUGGCCAUGACGGUCGCCAAUGCGAGCGACUCGGCGGUGUCGGAGGACGAAGUUACUGCGCAGGCUAAGCAGAUCGCCGCGUUCGAGGCUGAAUUGUCGAAAAUGCUGGAGGCGAACGAUCGAUUGGAGCUUUACAAGCCAACGUUUCUUCAAAAGUUGCAGAACACCACGAAUUAUUUACUGAGGAAUCGAGAUUACACUUGGAAUUGGACCGAGAUCAUCAACGCAGUUUACCACGCUAAAUUGGUGCAUUACAACGACGCCGUGGACAUCGCGACGUACAGCUACUUUCCGCGGUUGGUGGAGCUCUUGCACAGAAUACCAAUGCGGACAGUGGUUAAUUACAUACACUGGAAAUUCGUGCACGUGCAUCUGCCGCACACGAGCACCGACAUGCGGACUUUGUUCUUCGGCAUGAAGAAUUUUAUGUGCGAGCCCGUGAAGAAUGUGUCGAGAUGGAAAUUUUGUGGCUUCGAGCCGUCGCUUGAUCCUGUAUUGUCUUACGCUUUCGCGAAGAAAUAUACAUCGGCGAAGACUGACAAAGCUGUACAGCGUGUUUUGAACGAUGUGAAACAAGCGACGUUGAGGAAGAUUAAACGUUCGUUUUUACUGAACGAGGAUGAGAAAAGAAUAGCCGAGCGCAAAGUAUUGAGCAUGAAUUUCGUCCUUGGCGUUCCAGAGCCGUUCAAGAAUUUAUCCGUAGUCAACGGUUAUUACAAAAAGUUGACGAUUUCGAAGAAUUAUUUCGACAGCGUGCUGACUUUACGCAAAUUUUUUAAAAUCAAAGAGUUGGAUGUGAUCGUUGAUGGCAAACGCACGUUCUCGGCUAACAAUAAUUUUUUGAGGAUCGCUACCAUCAGCAGUCUCGGCUCGGCUUAUGAAUUUUUCGAUAAUCGCGUUCUGAUCAAAGCUGAAAAUCUCAUGCCUCCAUUGUUCGAUGCUGACUAUCCCGAGUACAAAAAGUACGGCAUAUUGGGCUUCAUAAUUGCCUACGAAAUAAUGCACGCGUUCAAUGAUGCAGACUCGAUUGGAGGCACCAAAUCACGUGGGGAUUUGUACUCCGAGGAAACCAAGUUAAAGUACUGGAAUAAAAUGGAGUGUUUUAUCAAUCAAUACGACAACUACUACAUUCCGGAUCCAUUCGACUCACAGAAACACGUCUAUGUCGACGGCGACAGAUCAGCAAUGGAAAACAUGGCAGACUCGGCGGCAAUUCAAAUAUCGUUCCAAGCUUUUCUCGACAGAGCGCGAAAACUCGGAGUCUCGUCAUUGGAGGACGACGAGGACUUUUUCGCCUCGUUCGCUGCGCUACUCUGCAGACCCGAGCUGGAGGAAUUUUAUUUGAGCCGUUUCAACUUGGCAUUACGAACUUUGCCGCGAUUCCGUGUCAUUGGAUCUCUAUCGAAUACUAAUGAAUUCGCUAAAACGUUUUCCUGCUCCAGCGGCGCCCGAAUGAAUCCCGAAAUAAAGUGUAACUUUUGGAAUUGAAUGCCGCCACCGAAGCGAACUCUUCUAUCCUAUCUACCCUCCCUUCGACGAAUUCAUCUUCUUUCUCUUGAAUGCCUCGAUCAAAAAUUAAUAUUUCUAUCGAGGACCGAUUGUACGCAGCUUUCCAGCGACCAACGUGCAUGUGAUUGCUGAAUAGGCGUUAUUGGAAAUUAAUUGUAAUAUAGACAAUUGGCUGAUUGGAAAAAUCUGAAAAUAUAUUUUACCACCGUGCACUCUAGGACUGAAAAUAAAA